ACUCUGCCUGGGAAAGUUGCCUCGACACUUGUAGGGGAGUAGUUUCACCACAAAAACGAGGAAAUUGAAGACUCCUAUUUACAUAAAAUCAAGAAAGUGCACUGAUGAAGGGUUGCUUCGACAAAUGUCGCAUGGUUUUAUCAAAUUAAUUGUUUAUUUCUGUAUCGAUUGACUAAAGGUUGGUCGUCUUUUAGAAGCUUCCGCGUUGGAAUGGUGAAGAACAAAAUGGGACAUUUUAUCUUGCUUGCGCUUCUGCUUGGUUUCCUGCCAACAGAGGUGUUUUCCAUCCAGGUGAUUGUUCCUCAGACAGAGAGGAGUACGGCUCUCUUUGCCUCGGUCAUCAUACGCUGUGACUACUCCACCUCCGCCAACGCACAGGACGUCCUGGUCACCUGGCGCUACAAGUCCUUCUGCAAGGACCCCGUGCUGGAAUUCUACUCCACAGCCUAUCAGGCGGCUCUGCAGCUGGGCCAGGACCCAGCCAAUGACUGUCCAGACCGCCAGCGCACCGUUCGCACCGUCAUCCAGAAGAAGGGCACCAAUGAGGCCACCCUGGGCUCUGAGUAUCGGGAGCGCAAGAUAUCCAUCCAAAACAAGGCCGACCUGGUUAUGAAUGAGGUGAUGUGGUGGGAUAACGGUGUGUACUUCUGCUCCAUCGACGCACAGGGAGACACUACAGGAGACUCAGACCGCGAGGUCAAACUCAUCGUUUACCAUUGGCUGACGGUGCUGUUCAUCAUCAUCGGGGCUCUGCUGCUCAUGAUGCUGUUCUGUAUCUGCUGUUGUCAGUGCUGCCCCCAGAAAUGCUGCUGCUACGUCCGCUGUCCCUGCUGCCCACAGACCUGCUGCUGCCCUGAGAAAGCGGUGAUGCAGCACAGGAUGAUGCGAGAGGCCCAGAAGUCAAUGGCCCCCUGGAUGCACGGCCAGCCCAUCUACGCCCCCAUCAGCAACCACACCUCCCAGGGCAACCCAGUGAUGUACUCAGGCUCGUUCUCCGACGGGUACCCUACCAAGCCCAACUUUGCCAUGGCCCCGAUGGGCCCCUCGCCCCUGCCCCUGCCCCUCCAGCAGCAGCCUAUCCCCCAACACCAAUACGGUAUCCACCACGGUAACGGCAGCGUGCACGGCGGGAGCGUGCACGGCACCAACCAGAUGCUGGACUUCCUGGAGAGCCAGGUGAGGGGGGUGCACAGCCAGAUGCCCCCUCCCCCUCAUCAUCAGCACCUGCCCCACCAGUACCAGCCCCAGGGAGUCUCCCAGGGAGUCCCCUUCACGGCCGGCCCCCCCAGCAUGCUGUCUGCCCUGGAUGAGAUGGGGGUGAGGGGGGUGGAGAGGAGGGUGAUCACCUUGCCCCCCAUUGUCCAGCGGGUCCCCAGUUUCUCCUCUCGCAGGGGGAAUGGAGGGGGAGGAGGAGGGACCAGUGGCGCACCCAGAAUAUCCAGCCAAUCCAGCGGCAGCUCCAACCGCACUGGGGGUGGCGGCGGUGGGCGUUACAGUGACAACCGGCGUGACAAACACGACCCCUCCCCUCCGCGGCAGGGCAUCCUGCGUAGCUACAGUGAUGAGUCAGACUGGGGCGACCGAAGGGGAGGGCCGAGGAGGGAGGGGCAAGGCUCGGCCGGGAGGAGGACCGGGGGGUCUGGGUCAGCGCCACGGUCCCGUAGUCGUGACGACAUGAUGGAGGAACUGCGUCGGUCAGCCCCCGCCAGGCGAGACAGGAGCCACUCACCUCCUUCCCGUCGUCAAGGGUCCUGGAGCUCGGAUGAGGAAGACAGCAGGAGGGGGGGAGGAAGGGGGGGCAAGGGGAAGCUGUGGCCAGAGAAACCCCCCAGCUACUCCUCCAUCGAGAUCCAAAACAGCAACAGGAGGAACUACGACCGCUACUCAGAAAAGAGCUCUCGUAGUGGUACCAGUGUGGUGAUCUGAAACCUGCCUGUCUCUCUGUCUGAAACCUGUCUGUCUGUCUGAAACCUGUCUGUCUGUCUGAAACCUGUCUGUCUGAAACCUGCCUGUCUGUCUGUCUGUCUGAAACAUGCCUGUCUGUCUGCCUUUUCCUCAGUGUAAACCAGGGAUGCCCAGACUUUAGUUACAUAGGAUCUACUUUUUCCACCCUCUUCCUAACACGGUCUACCCCCCCCCCGCCCCCCGCCAAUAACAUUUCACCUUAUUGAUUGGAUGAUUUGCACUGCAUGCUGUCAGCAAGCAUAGUCUGGGUUGUAGCUACUGAUUGCUAGCCUCACGCAGGUGUCCAGGUGAUCACCUCUAAAAAGGCCUCUUUUACCAUUUCUCCAUCCUGGAAUGGUUUCUUGUGACUCACCCGGAAUGAUGCAAUCGUGGCUGUCUUUAAUUUUGAGCUGGGCCUUGUAAAGAUUGAUAGUUGGGCAGCUAGUUGAAACUUCAACUCUUUCACUUUUCUCUCACAUAGUUCACUUUUAGCUCAUAUUUCACAGUUUUGAAAUGCAUCUCGACAUUUCCUUUCUUAGCAAGAGCUACGUUUGAACGUCAGAUCAGACACACACCUUUAGAAUUUGUUGUGGGGAAAAAAUUAUCUUCCUCCCACUCACUGUGAAAGUGGUCGAUUUUCGGUUUCUUGCUGCUUGGUCCAGCACUCAUAUUAAAAACAUAACCACAACUUCAUAGAACAAAACAUAGUAAAAAAACAGCUACCACUGGAAUAACAAAGAAUAUUCUGUUACAGGUCUCGCAAGUGUGGAAAUGUAAACAUAUUAACUGCAGACGGUUGCUAUGGUAGCGACAGUUUGGAAAACAAAUGUAGCAGCUAUAGUGCCGCGGGUUGGUCCAAUUUUAUGUCAAUCAGUUUCUUUAAUAUUUUGGCUGUGCAGUAAUAUUCGACAAAGGAGCUAACCUGUAAGCAAAGCAUACAGUGCUUCAGAACUGUGGACCUCAUUAUUUUUAAGCAGACUCGAUGGUAACGCUGUGAAUUGCCUAAAUCUAUUUUUAGUGCGUACAUUUUGAAAACUUUUAUGUGGUCUACUAGAAAGAAGUUUGACUUCCUGGGCACCAAUGGUGUAAACUGAUGGUUUGUCUCCACAAACUGUCUGCCUGUCUCCACUGUCUGUCUGUCUCCACUGUCUGUCUGUCUCCACAAACUAACUGUCUGUCUGUCUCCACAAACAGUCUCUGUCUGUCUGCCUUUGGAAGAGAAUUGGUUCUAAACCAAAAUGAUGAUUAAGCGUAAUUCAGAGUCCAGAGACGCGAUAGUCCAGCAUCCCAUUGUGACAUAGCUACGGGUCUCUGAGACCACUGCCCAAAAUUCCCAACCAACACGGCUCCGCGUACACGUCCUCUAUUAAUUGGAAUGUGUUGACAAUUCGAGAAAUUGCUUGAGCCACGCUGAGAAUUCGAAAAGUAUGAAAGCUAACGGUCCAAUAUUCUAGAACACUGCUGUGCAUACGCAAACAUGUUUUUGGACUCGCUUCAGGAUGUAUUGUAAUAAGGUGACUCAGCUGCCUUUAUACAUGUACAGAUUUGAAGCUUAAACAGUACUUUUGUAAUACUGUGCUGUACUUUAUAUAGAAUGGGAUUGAAGGGCAAGGUGUAUAUGC